CUAGCUAUCGACUCCCUUCUGCUGUUGUGAUACUUUGGGUGUUCUUCUAGCUCACAAAUUACUCCUGUCCGUUCCGCCCAAGAGAUAAAUAUCCUCAAUGCAUAGCUUUUGCUUGGCCGUCGGAUAUUCUAAUCGGUCACUCCUUUACGCCAUGCAUCCCCUAUCCUGUCGAUCGUCUUUAUAUAUUUCCUCCCUGCCCAACCCACCUCCCCAGUGAAGAUGCGUCUCUCCCUCUCUUUCCUGGUGUUGCCCUCCCUCGCCGCCUUCGCUGCCGCUUACUCGGCGCCUGACCCGGUUCCCGGCGCAUCUUUCCAUCAAGUAAAUGCUCGCGACCUACGCGUCCGCGCCAAAUACCCUGAGUACUUCAAACGCUCGACCCCGUCAGGCAUAAUCUGUGGGGCAACUAGGAAACGGUCGCUCCCCGCUGAUGCUACCGAUGUCCCACCCGAGCAGGUCCUCCAUCCGCCGGAGAUGGCUGCCUUCUUGAUUGGUGGAGGAAAAUUUGUGUCUGAGAAUGGAACCUCCUAUUUCGACGAACAUUUCAUGCGCAAGCACGCUAAGGAUGUUGCAAAGUUCAAGGCGGGUGCACCUAAGACUUGGCACGACUCUCUUCGGGACAAGGUCUCGGCAGCCAUAUUGGAUAUCUCGCUCCCGGCGUAUAAAAUGUGGAGGAACCAAUGGAAGGACCCCGAUGCUAUCCUUUAUCUCGCUCCCAGUACGGUAAUCCGCGCCAAGGAUCUAGAGGCCUUGGAGCUGGCGUUACUGGAAGAUCCCACGUUUGAGGAGAUAUACAUUGAAGGCUAUAGGGUUACGAGGCGAUGGAUGGAGGCGGCGGUGGAAUUUAUCGCCUAAGACGGGUUCUAGCGUGGGAGAGGUCUAGACCGGUCAAGUCACUUCACUCGUAUCUACACCCCUGAUACACUUUAGAUCGUUUAUUCUUGUUCGUACUUUCAUGGUUAUUUACUUUAUAUUUUUAUUUCGAUAUCCAUUAUACCCUUCCUUCUACUUCCUGACUUCGUCUGGUCUUAUUCGUUACAAAUCUUUUAGAAAGUACUCUCUUUACCGAUGGGCGACGUUGUUCCACGCGUGUAAUCUGACAUUCCGUCCUUUCGGAUACUGAUGUGCAGUACUGUAAGGAUGAAUACUUCGGAUUCUGACCUUGCUCUGCCUAUCACCUUCUUUCUAUCGUCUUGAGUGUUUUCUUCGUUGUUCUCAGUCCAACAUGUCACAUUGAAACCCGCGUAUAUUUUGGUAAGCGUAUACGGUGUGCCUUGUUAUUACUCGAG